GACCUCGCUCGUUUGAGAAGCCGGCCGCCCGCAAAAAUCUUUGAGUUUCACGCGUUUGCGCGGCCUCACGUAAUCCGUAAGCAGGUUGCGCGAUUUCACAACGAAUUUAGAGAUCUGUUGCGGUUAAUUUAAUCAAGAUUCGGGUCCGGAAUGCAUUAGGUGUAUAUUUAUCCUCGCGCAUUCAUAACUGGGUGAGUGGAGGAGAUAAAUUAACUAGCUUUUGUAAUUUUUCAAUAGACAACAGUGAAAGAAUAGCAAUCCACAAAACAAAUAGUAGUAGUGAUUUACCAGAAAAAAUGGCACUACCCAGUAGAGCGCGAGUUUAUACUGAUGUGAAUUCACACAAAGCUAGAGAUUACUGGGACUAUGAAUCCUAUGUUGUUGAUUGGGGACAACAAGAUGAUUAUCAGUUAGUGAGAAAAUUAGGCAGAGGAAAAUAUAGUGAAGUAUUUGAAGCUAUCAAUAUCACAAAUAAUGAAAAAUGUGUUGUAAAAAUUUUAAAGCCUGUAAAAAAGAAGAAAAUUAAAAGGGAGAUUAAAAUCUUAGAAAACCUUAAAGGUGGGACCAACAUAAUUACACUCCAAGCAGUUGUUAAAGAUCCUGUAUCCAGGACACCGGCACUGAUAUUUGAACAUGUCAACAACACAGAUUUCAAGCAAUUAUACCAGACGCUAACAGACUACGACAUAAGAUACUACCUCUACGAAUUAUUAAAAGCAUUGGAUUAUUGCCAUAGUAUGGGAAUCAUGCAUAGGGACGUCAAACCGCACAAUGUUAUGAUAGAUCAUGAAAAUCGAAAGUUGCGGUUAAUCGAUUGGGGUCUAGCAGAGUUUUAUCACCCUGGUCAGGAAUACAACGUACGAGUAGCUUCGCGUUAUUUUAAAGGUCCAGAACUACUUGUAGAUUAUCAGAUGUAUGAUUAUUCAUUAGAUAUGUGGUCUCUUGGAUGCAUGCUUGCGAGUAUGAUAUUCAGGAAAGAACCGUUUUUCCAUGGACAUGAUAAUUAUGACCAACUAGUUAGAAUUGCGAAAGUUCUUGGGACUGAGGAACUGUUCGAAUAUCUUGAAAAGUAUCAUAUUGAUUUGGAUCCUCGUUUCAAUGAUAUUCUAGGCCGACAUUCACGCAAACGCUGGGAACGAUUUAUGCAUUCAGAGAAUCAACACUUGGUAUCACACGAAAGCCUUGAUUUCCUUGACAAACUUUUGCGCUACGAUCAUUACGAGAGACUCACUGCUCGUGAAGCUAUGGAGCAUCCCUAUUUUUUUCCAAUAGUAAAAGAUCAAGGUCGAUUAAACAUGGUUUCAUCGUCACCUACUCCCAUAACAGGUUCGUUACCUGUAGCCAAGUACUCUUUGUGCUCUGUGAAUACCUGUGUAUCCAGUAAUAAAUGCUGCCAAGAUACUAGUAAUGGCAUCGUUGAUAUCAUGAAAAUACAAUUUCGAAGACGUGUUUAAAAUUUUAGCCCUUGUUAUUUCCACACUUCUACGGUAAUAUUUUUCUUUUGUGUAUUUCAUAUUGACCCGUAGAAGUUUGUAAUUUAAUUUCCAUUGAUCGAAGCGAGAAUUCACAGGCACCUUAAAACACUUGGCGUCAGCAAAAGCCUACGUACAUGAACAAAACACAUGCCGAUAAAAAAAAAAGAACAUUCGUAUUGCUGUACAUUGUAUGCUUGACGCGCCGGUCAAACACUUAAUGUCGAUAAAAUGUCAUUAAAUUGACUGAAUUGUUUCAUAUACAGCAUUACCAAUGUGUUUCUUAUAAAUUGAAUGUGUAAUUAUUUAUAUAUGAACGUAAGCCAGUUUAUUAUGUACAUUUGAAAAAAAAAAAUUUACUUCGUGAGAAAGAGGGGGAGAGAGCGAGAGAGAGGGGAGAGAAACGUACUUUUAAAGAAUGUAUAGGAAUAGAGCACACUCCACUUGUACAUCAUGUCCUUUCGUAUUAUUUCGAAAGAAUUCGUCAGUUCCUAUACGUAUAAAUUGCGCAUAAAGUACGGUCAAUUCAAUAUAUGUGUAUAUAUACACACACACACACACAAACAUACAUACAUACACAUAUAAAUGUUAGCGUAUUAUAAAUGCGUACCCUAUCAAGCGGAGUGUGAAUUUAAAUUCACAGAGCGUUGUGCGCUCUUGAAUAUUA